AUGACCAUUGAAAAGCUUUCACGAAUAAAAAUGAUUAAAACAAAGAAAAAGAACGUGGAACAUGAGUAUGAAAGUUAUAUCCUUGAAGAGUAUAAUACCCAUAUACCUAAUAGUCAUAAAUUGUUUCCAGUAAACUCACUCACUGAACAAAUAUGCAACAAAUUGAAUGGUAUUUGUUCUAUUUGCGGUAUCAUCGCAUCGGAGCAAGCAGCUGAUCAUGACAGCAGCAACAUAAUGGGGCUACCCAAAUUUGACGUCACCAUGGGCAGCCAGUCGACCACUCCAUUUAGUAAAGAUUAUCUAGAAUACAACGACAUUUCAGAUGAAAAAACAUUCAAUACUAAUCGUAAUUUUUUUGAAAAUGAUAAAAUUAACGUAGAUGACAUUAAUAAACAUACAAUAAAUACAAGAAAAUUUAAAACUAAGAAAAUAAAAAGUCUGAAGAAGGAUGGAGAAGAAAAUGCCAAAAGUAGAGUGAUAAGAGAAAUAAAAGAUCCUGGAUGCGAUUCAUUCAAAUUAGAAUCUGGACUUAUCACACAUCCUCACAAUAUUCUUAGUCCAAAUAAACAUUAUUAUAAUAAUAGUAAUUGUGUUACUGUUAUCGAUGCUGGAGUUGGCAAUGUCGUAAAGAUGACUUUUAUCGACAUGUUUCGAAUAGAAAACCAUCCAGAAUGUAUUUAUGACUAUUUAGAAAUCCGAGAUGGUUUCUAUGGGUUCGCCAAACUGCUCGGAAAAGUGUGCGGUCAAGCUUUCCCCAAACAAAUCACCACUUCGGGGCCUUACGCGUGGUUAAAAUUUCAUUCAGAUGACACCAUAGAGUACGAAGGCUUUAAGAUAAGCAUUGAAUUCAAAGCUGAAGCCCAUAGCCAUAAGAUACCAGCUGCUUGCCAUAAAACCUUUACGAAUGAUAUGAAAGGAGUUAUCGAAAAGGGUAAGAAUUUUUCAGGGAUUGAUCCAGAAUGCGUUUCGGGUAGUGAGGAUCAGCCUUUGGAUGUACUAUGGACUAUCAUAACUGAGGAAGAAAACAAGAUUUAUUUAAACUUUACAACUUACGAUUUAUAUAAACCAAAUGAAUGUGAGGACAAUGUGAUUCAAGUUUUUGGGUCUGUCAUCGAAUUGGACUCUAAAUUAGCACAAUAUUGUGGAUCUGUAGCUAACUCCGUCACAACGAAGGAUCCUGACGGUAACAUUAUGCAUGUGAGGUUCUAUGCAUCACAACUGUCUAAAGUAAAGUCUCUGAUUAAAGCCUCAUUCAAUCCGUUUAGAAUGGUGAAUCAAGCUAUCGAAGGAGCUAAAUGUCGUGAUGAAACUGAGUUCGACUGUGAAGACAAUACAUGUAUACCUAAACUCUUGGCAUGUGAUGAUGAAGCACAGUGCAGGCUAAAAGCAGAUGAGGAACCCAGCCGUUGUAAAACGGUGCACAAGUCUGCUAUCGAAGAGACUCACAUUCUGGUCAUCCUCAUCAUCUUCUCUCUGAUCCUGUCUAGUAUGAGUUUUGUGUUCAUCUUUAAGUGCGUAAGGAAAUUGUACCAAGACCAUAAAAUUAUUAAGGAGCAUUUAAGACAGUCAACUGAAGAUCGGCUGGAUGCUAUAGACGGCAGCCGGUUAACCCUUGACCCGCACAAACUCCAGAUGGAUAGUGAACCAAGAGCCAGUUUAGAAAGAGAAAAUCUUACAAAUGAAAUGUAUAAAAAGAAGAGAAGUUUCUCGAAGCACAAGCAACCCAGCAUAGAAUCAGAUUAUAUUAUAGAAACUCAAAUAGACUUCGAAGAGGAAACAUGGAGAAGAGAAGUAGACAGCAUGCCCACAGAAGUAGAAGAUAUAAGAAUAGAACGUAAUGGCCGAACAAGAAGAAGCGAUUUAAGUAAAAAAGAAGAAUCUAUGAGACACAAGACAAAAGAAUCUGAUGAGAAUAGAGAGAGGAAAGAAAUAAGAGAUGUGUCUGUUGGAGCUCCUGAUACAAAAGAGUCAGGUUGUCAAACUAGAGAAAGUCUAUUUCAAACAGAUCCACCGCCAAGUUCAGAUGGAUCUGGAACUAACAGCAGAGGAUUUUCAACCUUCGGUUACUCGGGAGCUACGAUCGCGAGGCCUUCACCACCGGCAUCUACUAAAACUUCAGAGAUCACCAUUGAACUGCUAAAACAGAUUCCUCCUCAGGAAUCGAAACCCCAAAAGAAACUCGAUCGACGUCCCAUUAGCACUGAAACCACGCGGUCAGCUCCUGACGUCAUCAUCGUCUCCAAACCGAUUCGCUGA